AAUCCCUCCACUCCUUCUUCCUUCUCCCCCAACCUCUCUCUCUCUACGUACAUUUGAGAUCAUACAGACACCAAGAAGACAAAAAAUUCUGCAUCUUAUUAGGGCACAAACAUUUGACAAAGAUGUUCUCAGAAGACAUCUCAGGAGUCUUCCUCCAAUAUCUGCCGUCGCCCGAUCACAAACCAUUCCUCGAGCCAACCCUAGCCGACAGUGGUAGUACUUUUGAAACUACAGUCAUCGGGGCCAACUCACAGUUCGGGACCUUUAAUAUCCUUCAGUAUCUGAGCCCUCCUCCGGCGGCAGCAGCCCCAACAUCGUGCCUGAGCAGCAACUCCAGUGCGACGUCCGAUGAAGCGGAGGAGCAGCAGCUGCGGGCGAUCGACGAGAGGAAGAGGCGGAGGAUGAUAUCGAACAGGGAGUCCGCCCGGAGGUCGAGGAUGCGGAAGCAGAGGCACCUCGACGAGCUGUGGUCUCACGUGGUCCGGCUCCGGACAGAGAAGCACAGCCUCGAGGAUAGGUUGACCCAGUUCACGGAGUCCCACGACCGGGUCCUCCAGGAGAACGCCCGACUCAAGGAGGAGGUCUCCGGUCUCAAGAAGAUGUUAAGGGACACGAUGAUCAGCAGUCCUCCUGAUAAUACCUACGUCGUCCCAAUUAGUGCUCUAGGAGAUUCCGAGGGCGAUGCUGCCCUCAACAAUAUGAUAAGCAACUACCAAUACGAAUAAUCCGAUUUUUCGACCGAAAUCUACACAGAUACUCUCUCACCGAGUUGAGAGGUGUAUGUAUAAGCUUAAGAUUAUCGAGUGUACUGGUUUUGAGCUUAACUAUAUAUCGUCAUUUAACAUAUAUAGAUUGACUAUUGGAGACGACUGAUCGUUAAUUCAUAUAACACAUAGAAUGGCCGGCCUAACGUAUCUUUCUUCC